AUACUGUCCUGUCAGAUAGUUCAAUGCAACUAAAACGGCAAAUUGAAAAGAAUGUAAACAUUGCAGAUAAUCAUUAUUCCGCAUACUGUUUAAAAUUAAGAAAAAUGCGCCACGGGGAGAUCGUGAAAGCUGGAACUUCUUCUAAUCAACAAAGUAAUCUCGACGGUGAGGAUGUAGGAUCAGGAUCUGUUGUGGUAUCAAGUGAAGCCACGACUGCUAGCGUAGUCAAUUCGGAUGAGGAAGAAGAGUCCACCGCUGAAUGCAUUGAUGAACCUGCUAAAGUUGUAAACGUAAAUGUGGGCAUGGAAUUUAUUACCAUGCUAGACGACAUGUUUGGACGAAAAGAUAUGAUCUAUCCGAACAAUGUGCAACCGUCUCUGACGAUAUCAGUGUCUGUAUUGAAUGAACUGAACGCUUCUUGGAUGGAAUCAUUAAUGUACCAACUUGAGAAUGAAUCAAAACAAAUGCAGGAGAUUAUCAAACAGGAUGAAGAGUUUGCAAGGGAACUAGCAUUAAAGAAGAAGAACUACUCAUCGCAGGAAUGGAGCCAGCAGUGCCAGAUUUCAAGGAGAUCAUGGAUAUGGAUCUGGCUCUCAUCUCUUUUAAUCUCCACUGGAAGGCACGAUAUCCUGGAGCAAGAAAACGGCGUAAACAAGUUCGUAAUGGAAAAGGAAAUGCAACGGCAGAAGAAAAUAUUGGAGCUAGAGAAGGAG